CCCAGAAUGCCUAGUUUGUUGCUGGCUGAUCGAGGAGUGACUGAUUGGCUAGCUGGCUAGCUAGUACAUAUGCUCUACUUUUGGUACUAGCUAUGCAUUUUAAUGUAAUAACUAACGUUAGUGAAUAGCCGAGUGUAAAGAAUAAGAGAACUACAACACUGUGGUUGACAUAAUUGCGGCAAUGCCUCUCUUCACGUCCAAUCCAUUUGAGCAAGAUGUUGAGAAAGCCACCAGUGAGAUGAACACAGCGGAGGACUGGGGCCUCAUCCUGGACCUUUGUGAUAAGAUAGGACAGUCUCGCUCCGGGCCUAAAGAAUGUCUUCGGUCCAUUAUGAGACGAGUCAACCACAAGGAUCCACAUGUUGCCAUGCAGGCUCUGACGCUACUUGGUGCCUGUGUUUCAAACUGUGGGAAGAUAUUUCAUCUAGAAGUGUGCUCCAGAGAGUUUGCCAGUGAGGUCAGCAACGUUCUAAACAAGGGCCACCCUAAGGUAUGUGAGAAGCUGAAGGCACUGAUGGUAGAGUGGGCAGAGGACUUUAGGAAUGACCCUCAGCUCAGCCUGAUUUCAGCCAUGAUCAAGAACCUCAGGGAACAGGGGGUCACCUUCCCUGCUGUGGGCUCUCAGGCUGCAGAGAAAGCGAAAGCAAGUCCUGCUUUAGUGGCAAAGGAUCCAUCCACCUUAACCAACAAGAAGGAGGAGGAAGACCUGGCUAAAGCCAUAGAGUUAUCUCUAAAGGAGCAGCGUAGUCAGCCCGGGUCAGGGCUGUCUGGGUCUGGUUUGUACCCCAGCGCCUCUUUCCUCUCUUCCCAGAGGGCUGAGGGCAGGAAGGUCAGGGCCAUCUAUGACUUUGAGGCUGCAGAGGACAACGAGCUCACCUUCAAGUCUGGGGAGAUCAUCACUAUCCUGGACGACAGUGACCCCAACUGGUGGAAAGGAGAAACGUAUCAGGGAGUUGGACUAUUCCCCUCAAACUUUGUAACGGCUGAUCUGACUGCAGAGCCUGAGAUGAUGAAGACAGAAAAGAAGACAGUGCAGUUCAGUGAGGAGGUCCAGGUGGAGAGCAUAGAGCCUGAGCCUGAACCGGUCUACAUAGACGAGGAGAAAAUGGACCAGCUACUGCACAUGAUCCAGAGUGCAGAUCCAACAGACAACCAGUCUGAUGCCUGUGAGCUGCUGCAGCUAGAGGGUGCCUGCAACCAGAUGUGUCCCCUCAUUGAUCAGAAGCUUGAGAGCACUGACAGGAAGCAUUCAGAGCUGUCAGAGCUGAAUGUGAAGUUGAUGGAGGCCCUGUCUCUUUAUGCUAAGCUUAUGAAUGAGGACUAUGCCAUGUACACAAAGCUACAGACCCAGCAGUACUACAUGCAUCAAUCUGCCAACACAGCACAACAGGUGUACCCGGGUCAGUCUGCAGGGUCCUAUGGGAUGAGCGGUCCAGGAGGGGUACAGCAGGGAUACCAUGUUUCUCUGGAGCAGCUACAGACUGGCCAGCCAGCACCCAGAGCAGAACCAUGAAGCCCGUGUGGAGUGUCCAGCAUAUGAACAGACUGAGUGAUGUUCCACAUCAUGAAGAGAGAAGCAGCAACUUGUUUAACUUUUCUUUUUUAAAGGAAACUGAAAAUGUUAUGCUACUUCAUUCUUUCUUAUCGUUUUAGAAAUACUAAAGACUGAAGCCACUUUCAGGAUGAGAAAAUAGUGAAACAUGCAGACAUUGUAUAAAUGUACUGUACUGGUGAUAUAUACUCACCCACACUCUACUGGUGAUGUACUACAGUGCAUUCGGAAAGUAUUCAGACCCCUUGACAUUUUCCACAUUUUGUUACGUUACAGCCUCAUUCUAAAAUGGAUUAAAUUACUUUUUUUCCUCAUCAAUCUACACACAAUACCCCAUAAGGACGAAGCAA